AGAGAGAGAGAGACGGUGUUCUGAGAAAGAGGGAGAGAGCAGAAGGCUUUGUUUACUUAUGCAACCCACCGUAGCUAGCUCAAACAAGGUGUGAGUGUGCACACAAAACACGUGCACACACACACACACACACACACACACACAUUUUGGAGGGAAGGCUACAGAUCAAGAGCGAAGGCAGGAGCUUUGCACUUUGUCCAGUGUCCAGGAGCAAAAGAGGUGAAAGAAGAGUCUGUUCUUUUUUUUUUUUCUUCUUCUUCUUUCUUUUCUUUCUUCGUCCUCGUUUAAUCCGCCGGGGGUUUUUUUUUACGGCGAAGAACAGAAAUCGGAGAAGAGCGUGGUGUUUUUGGAGACGCACUGAUACCUGCGGACGUGUCGCUCGGACCCGAGCGCAACCCGGACUCCUGCACCUGGAUCAACACACUCUGAUAUUCCUCUCACACACUUUUUUUUUUGGCGAAAUCACUAGCUGACUGGCUAGGUUCUAGCAUGCCCUGAAUUCUCGCUGUCUUUUUUUUUUAAAAGGAUUCAUAUCAGGAGCAAGUUAGUGUGUAAACGAUUGAGAGAGAGAGAUAUGGAGUACGGGCGGUUGGAGAGGGAGCCUUGUCUCUCUCCCGCUGCCUUCGUCAACCAGGUGCAAUAUUCCAACAUCCUGGAGGGCCGCUUCAAACAGCUGCAAGAUGAGCGAGAGGCCGUACAGAAGAAGACCUUCACUAAGUGGGUGAACUCUCACCUGGGCCGUGUGACCUGCAGGAUCAGCGAUCUCUACACGGACCUGCGGGAUGGACGCAUGCUCAUCCGCCUACUCGAGGUGCUGUCCUCCGAACAGCUGCCGAAGCCGACUAAAGGUCGGAUGAGGAUCCACUGUCUGGAGAACGUGGAUAAAGCUCUGCAGUUCCUCAAGGAGCAGAAGGUCCAUCUGGAGAACAUGGGUUCUCACGACAUCGUCGACGGCAACCACCGCCUCACACUUGGCCUCAUCUGGACCAUCAUCCUGCGCUUCCAGAUUCAGGACAUCAGCGUGGAGACGGAGGACAACAAGGAGAAGAAAUCCGCCAAAGACGCCUUACUGCUGUGGUGCCAGAUGAAGACAGCUGGGUACCCGAAUGUCAACGUGCACAAUUUCACCACCAGCUGGAGAGACGGCCUGGCGUUCAACGCCAUCGUGCACAAACACAGGCCAGAUCUGAUCGAGUUUGACACUCUGAAGCGCUCCAACGCUCACUACAACCUGCAGAACGCCUUCAACAUCGCAGAGAAGGAGAUGGGGCUCACCAAACUGCUGGAUCCUGAGGAUGUGAAUGUGGAUCAGCCAGACGAGAAGUCAAUCAUCACAUAUGUGGCCACGUACUACCACUACUUCAGCAAGAUGAAGGCACUCGCUGUGGAGGGCAAGAGAAUUGGAAAGGUUCUGGACUAUGCGAUCGAGGCAGAUCAGCUGAUUGAGAAGUACGAGACGCUGGCCUCGGAGCUGCUGCAGUGGAUCGAGCAGACCAUCGUCACGCUCAAUGACCGGCAGCUCGCCAACUCCCUGAGCGCCGUGCAGAACCAGCUGCAGGCCUUCAACACCUACCGCACUGUGGAGAAACCACCCAAAUUCACAGAAAAAGGGAAUUUGGAAGUUCUCCUGUUCACAAUCCAGAGCAAAAUGAGAGCCAACAACCAGAAGGUCUACAUGCCUCGAGAGGGAAAACUCAUAUCCGACAUCAACAAGGCGUGGGAGCGGCUGGAGAAGGCGGAGCAUGAGCGAGAGCUGGCUCUGAGGAACGAGCUGAUUCGUCAGGAGAAGCUGGAGAUGCUGGCAGCACGAUUUGACCGCAAAGCCGCCAUGAGGGAAACCUGGCUCAGCGAGAACCAGCGCCUCGUUUCACAGGAUAACUUCGGUUACGAUCUCGGGGCAGUGGAAGCAGCUACGCGGAAGCACGAGGCCAUUGAGACUGACAUCGGCGCGUACGGGGAGCGCGUGGCUGCCGUGGAAGCCGUAGCCCGUGAGCUGGAAGCAGAGGGAUACCAUGACGUGCGGCGGAUCUUGGCGCGGCGGGACAACGUGCUGCGUCUCUGGGAGUACCUGAAGGAGCUGCUUGCGGCCAGACGCGAACGACUAACGGCACACCGGGACCUGCAGAGACUCCUGCAGGAGAUGAGCUACAUUAUGGACUGGAUGGAUGACAUGAAGGGUCGUCUGCAGUCACAGGACAGUGGGAAACACCUUCAUGAUGUGGAGGACUUGCUCCAGAAACACACACUGGUAGAGGCAGACAUAUCAGCGCAGGCGGAGAGGAUCCGGGCGGUGCAGGCUGCUGCCAAUCGCUUCACCUCAGACGAAAUGAUCUAUAAGCCGUGCGAGCCGGCGCUGGUGGAGGAGAAGGUGGCACUCCUGGGCCAGGCGUAUGAGGAGCUGGGCAGGCUGGCGGCCGAGCGACGGGCUCAGCUGGAGGACUCGCGGCGUCUCUGGCAGCUGCUGUGGGAGCUCGGGGAGGAGGCGGCAUGGAUGCGCGAACAGGAGCAGAUCAUGGCAACAGAGGAGUGUGGGAAGGAUCUGUCUUCUGCCCUGCGCCUCCUCUCCAAACACGAGGCAUUCCGUGACGAGAUGGCCGCCCGCUACGGUCCGCUGGGGAACAGCAUCGCCUCCGGGGAGCAGCUGGUGCAGGAGGGGCACUGUGGAGCGCCUGAGAUCACAGAGAGGAUCAAAGAGAUCAAAGCUCAGUGGGACCGACUGGAGGAGGCAUCUCGUUUGCGAGAGCAGCGUCUGAAGGAGUCUGUAGCCUUCCACCAGUUCCAGACAGAUGCCAACGAUAUGGAAGCCUGGCUUCAGGAGGCUCUCAGACAGGUGUCCAGUCAAGAGGUUGGCCAUGACGAGUACUCUACACAGACGUUGACACGGAAACAGAAGGAGGUAGAGGAGGAGAUCCAGAGCCAUCGCUCUCUCAUCGACUCGCUGCACGAGCAGGCUCAAUCACUGCCUUCAGAAUAUGCCCAGUCUCCACAGGUGGAGGGUCGUCUCCCUGCCAUAGAGCAGCGCUAUGAGGAGUUACAGGCUCUGUCCUCAGCACGGCGCGACGUCCUGGAGGGGGCUCUGGCGCUGUACCGGAUGUACAGCGAAGCCAAUGCCUGCAAGCUCUGGAUCGGCGAGAAGGAGCAGUGGCUCCUCACCAUGGAGAUCCCGUCCAAACUGGAGGACCUGGAGGUGGUCCAGCAGAGGUUCGAGACUCUGGAGCCAGAGAUGAAUAAUAUUGGCUCUCGCGUCGCCGAUGUGAACCAGGUUGCCGAACAGCUCCUCAAAUCUGACAACUGCAACAAGGAGCAAAUUAACCAGACUCAGGAUCAGCUCAAUGACAGGUGGCGUGAGUUCCAGCGGCUGGCUGAUGAGAGGAAACAGGCUCUGGAAUCUGCUCUCAACCUCCAGAACUACCAUUUGGAGUGUAACGAGCUCCAGAGCUGGAUGAAGGAGAAAACCAAAGUCAUUGAGUCCACUCAGGGUCUCGGCAACGACCUGGCCGGUGUCAUGGCCUUGCAGCGUAAGCUCACGGGCAUGGAGAGAGACCUGGAGGCCAUACAGGGGAAGCUGGGCGGCCAGCGCGCCGAGUCCGAGAAGCUGGCGUCCGAGCACCCCGAGCAGGCUGAGGAGAUCCAGGCCAGGCUGGCCGACAUGGAGGAGGUGUGGGAGGAGCUAUGUGGCACCAUGAAGAAGCGUGAGGAGAGUCUGGGCGAGGCCUCGAAGCUGCAGGGCUUCCUGCGGCACCUUGACGACUUCCAGGCCUGGCUCUCACGCACUCAGACCGCUGUGGCCUCUGAAGACACACCCACCUCACUUGCUGAGGCCGAGCAACUCCUGGCUCAGCACGAAGCCAUCAAGAACGAAGUGGACAACUACCGCGACGACUACGAGAGGAUCAAGGCCACCGGGGCCGAGGUGACCCAGGGCCAGACGGACGCUCAGCACAUGUUCUUGGCGCAGCGGCUGCAGGCUCUGGACACGGGCUGGCAGGAUCUGCGCAGGAUGUGGGAGAGCAGACAGUGCCUGCUGGCCCAGGCUUUCGACUUCCAGACCUUCCUCAGAGACGCCAAGCAGGCCGAGAGCUUUCUCAACAGCCAGGAGUACGUUCUGUCACACACCGAGAUGCCCUCAAGCUUGGAUGGGGCUCUGGAGGCCAUCAAGAAGCAUGAGGACUUCCUCACUACCAUGGAGGCCAGCGAGGAAAAGAUCAAUGGCGUGGUGGAAUCGGGGCGGCGCCUCGUAUCCGAUGGCAACGCCAAUGCCGACAAGAUCCAAGAGAAAGCCGAUUCCAUUGAGGAGAGGCACCAGAAGAACAAACAGGCUGCUAAUGAGCUGCUGGGUAAACUGAAGGAUAACAGAGAGCUACAGCACUUCCUCCAGGAUGGACAGGAGCUGACUCUGUGGAUUAAUGAGAAGAUGUUGACAGCUCAGGACAUGACGUAUGACGAGGCCAGGAACCUGCACAGCAAGUGGCAGAAACACCAAGCCUUCAUGGCCGAGCUGGCGUCCAACAAGGACUGGCUGGACAAGAUCGAUAAGGAGGGUCAGGCUCUAGUGAAGGAGAAGCCAGAGCUGGAGGAGACGGUAUCUGAGACCCUGAGUGAGCUGCAGAAGCAGUGGGAAUUGUUGGAAACCACCACGCAGACCAAAGCGCAAUGUCUGUUCGACGCCAACCGCGCUGAGCUCUUCACCCAGAGCUGCUCGGCUCUCGACACAUGGCUGCAGAACCUUUCCUCACAGCUGCAGAGCGACGAUUUCGGCAAGGACCUGACCAGCGUCAACAUCCUGCUCAAGAAACACCAGAUGCUGGAGCACCAGAUGGAUGUGCGGGAGAAGGAGGUGCAGUCUCUGCAGUCACAGGCUCUGGCCCUGUCUCAGGAGGAUGCCGGGAUUGCUGAGGUGGACGGGCAGCAGAGGAGAGUGAUGGACAACUUCUCCCAGCUCCAGGAACCUCUCAAGCGGAGACGACAACAUCUGCUGGCGUCUAAAGAGGCCCACCAGUUCAACAGAGAUCUGGAGGAUGAGAUAUUGUGGGUGAAGGAGAGAAUGCCGAUAGCGAAAUCCACAGAUCAUGGAAAAGACCUGCCCAGCGUCCAGCUGCUCAUCAAAAAGAACCAGACCCUGCAGAAGGAGAUCCAGGGCCACCAGCCUCGUAUCGACGACCUGCAGGCCCACGGGCGCAACAUGGCCCCCGGAGGCGAGUCGGAGGUGGACGGGGAGCGGCAGGCAGUGUUGGAGGAGCGCCUGAACGAGCUCGGGGAGCUGUGGGCGCGUCUCAUCUCGGAGACGGAGAAGAGACACACGCGCCUGGUGGAGGCCCAUCGUGCUCAGCAGUUUUACACGGACGCUGCUGAGGCCGAGGCCUGGAUGGGAGAGCAGGAGCUGCAUAUGAUGUCCGAGGAGAAGGCCAAGGACGAGCAGAGCGCCUUGGUGAUGGUAAAGAAGCACCAGAUCCUAGAGCAGGCGCUGGAGGAUUACGCUCAGACCAUCCAUCAGCUGGCCAAUAGCAGCAGACUCAUGGUGGAUGGUGAACAUCCCGAGAGUGAGCGCAUCACGCUCAGGCAGGCUCAGGUGGACAAGCUGUACGCCGGACUGAAGGACCUGGCCGAGGAGAGGAGGGGCAAACUGCAGGAGCGGCUGCGUCUCACACAGCUGAAGCGAGAGGUGGACGAUCUGGAGCAGUGGAUCGCCGAGAGGGAGGUGGUCGCCGGCUCUCACGAACUCGGCCAGGACUACGAGCACGUGACUAUGCUGCGGGAUCGUUUCCGGGAGUUUGCGCGAGACACCAGUGCGAUCGGUCAGGAGCGCGUGGACGCAGUAAACGCCCAGGCGGACGCUCUGAUCGAGUCGGGGCACCCGGAGAACGCCAGCGUGGCCGAGUGGAAGGACGGGCUGAACGAGGCCUGGGCCGACCUGCUGGAGCUCAUGGACACGCGCACACAGAUGCUGGCCGCUUCGUACGAGCUGCAACGCUUCCAGCAGGACGCUCGCGAGGCGCUGGCACGCGUCCGCAACAAGAGAGAGGCACUGAACUCGGCCGAGCUGGGCCGCGACCUCAACACCGUGCAGCACCUCCACCGGCAGCACACCACCUACGAGCAUGACGUGCACGCACUCAGUGGACAGGUGACCCAGGUGCAGGACGAUGCAGCACGUCUGCAGAAAGCCUACGCUGGAGAGAAGGCAGAUGACAUCCAUCGACACGAGCGCGCCGUCACAGAGGCGUGGGAGGGGCUUCUGGCUGCCACUCAAGCCAGGCGGCUGCUGCUAUUGGACACGGUGGAGAAGUUCCGCUUCUUCAACAUGGUCCGAGAUCUGAUGUUGUGGAUGGACGGCAUUAACUUGCAGAUCCAGUCUCACGACAGCCCCAGGGAUGUGUCGUCAGCCGGACUCGUCAUCGCAAACCACCAGGAUAUUAAAGCAGAGAUUGAGGCUCGAUCCGGCAGCUUCACCACCUGCACUGACAUGGGACACGCCCUCAUCAACAACAACCACUAUGCUUCCGACGAGAUCCGGGAGAAACUGCAGCAGCUUCAAGAGAAGAGAGACGAAAUCAACCAGAAAUGGCAGGACAAAAUGGACCACUUGCAGAUCGUCCUGGAGGUGCUGCAGUUCAGCAGGGAUGCCUCGGUGGCCGAGUCAUGGUUAGUGAGUCAGGAGCCGCUGGCACGCGCGGCCGAGCUAGGCUGUAAUGUGGACGAGGUGGAGAGCCUCAUCAAACGACAUGAAGCCUUCGAGAAGCUCGCUGCUGGCUGGGAGGAGCGUUUCACUCAGCUCGAGAAGCUCACCACGCUCGAGGAACAGGAGAUUCAGAAAAGGAAGGAAGAAGAGGAGAGAGCGCGGAGACCUCCAACGCCUCCCCCCGCAGAGGAAGUGGUACAGUCCGAGGCCGAAUACGAGUCUGGAGCAAGGACGAGUUUGGACCAGACCACGCUGAACCAGUCAGUGUCUGUAAAUGGAGUCCACAGUGACCAGGACACAUCACAGUCCUUAUCCGUCUCGGUAUCCGAGCUUCCGAAUGCAGAACUUAAAGCUCUUACAAAACCGGUCUCUAAUCCUGUGCCCAAACCCCACAAGGCACAGCAGCGUGGCUCGGAGGGAGAGUCGGUGAACGGUCCAGGUCAGGACAGCGGAUUGGACACGGCGUCACGCCACGAGCCGUCGGGUACUCUGCCCAGCCGAGUGGAGGCUCCCGCUGAGGCCAUGGAGGGAAUACUGUGCAGGAAACACGAGAUGGAGAGCCAGGGCAAGAAAGCAGCCAACCGAUCGUGGCAGAAUGUGUACUGCUUGCUGAGGAAGGGAAGUCUGGGAUUCUACAAGGACAACAAGAGCGCAUCUAACGGCAUCCCUUACCACGGAGAAGUUCCCAUCAGCCUCAGCGAGGCCACCUGCGAAAUCGCCCACGACUACAAGAAGAGAAAACACGUCUUCAAACUCAAACUGGGAGACGGAAAGGAGUUCCUGUUCCAAGCCAAGGACGAGGCUGAGAUGAGUUCCUGGAUUCGGGCGAUCCACUCCUCCAUGCCGGCGAGCAACGUCGACGACCUCUCUCCGGCUCCGCCCCUGACGCGGGCCAUGACGAUGCCCCCGAUGUCCCCCAGCGACGGUGAGGGCGGAGGCGUGACCAUGCGCAACAAGGAGGGCAAAGAGAAAGACCGAGAGAAACGCUUCAGCUUCUUCGGCAAGAAAAAGUAACAAGCAAAAGAGAGGAGGGGAAAAGGGUCUCCUCCGAAAAGCGCUGCGAGAACUAUCUUAGAGGAAGACGGCGCCCUCUGCCGUCACAUAGCUCUACACCUUUUCCUUUCUCUGUCGCUGUCUCACUCACUGCCAUCCUCCCUGUACCGUAGCCCCGCCUCCCGAAGGACCACGGCUCGCCUGCGUCCGGCAUCGGCGACGCCUUCUGUUGAUUUGGACGGUUGAUCGGACAGCUUUAUUUAAACACUCUGUCCCGGAGAUUCGGCGCAUAGCAGCCUUUUCCCAUAAUGCAACACUUCCAAACUUACCUUCCUUCCAUUCACUCAUCCUUUCCAUUUGUUUGAUUUGCUGUUGUGAAGGACCAGAUUGACCUUUUAUUUUUUCCCUUCUUUUUUUCUUUCUAAAGUACGGAUGUUCAUGUUCCUAGUUAAUAUAUCUGAUUGUUGUUUAUUAUUUAACUAUUUGCCAUUUGCGAUUUUGUGACGAGUAAUAUUUUAAAAAAAGGAAAAAAAAAUGUAAGUUUAGCAAGCAGCGAGUCCAGGUUUAGAGAGGAAACGCAAAAAAAUAACCCUCCUCUGUUUCCACACAGAACCCAACGAUGAGCUCUAGACUAGGACCCGGGUUCGAAGCUUUCUUUUUUUCUUCUUCUUCUUCUUUCAUUUUGAAGUGUGCAGGGGAUAUUCAAAAAAUAUAUAUUAGUUUUAUUAAAAAAAAAUAUUAGUUGGGAUUUAUUUUCCAUCCCCAACGUUGUUGUGAUUUUUUUUUUCUUUUUUUUCUGCGUGAUUGACUUUCUUUAUUCCUCUUUUUUUUUUUUCUUCAGAUCACACACUCGCACACUAAAGGCUCAUGGGAAGCGAUGUUUAUUUUAUUUUUUUUCUUUAGAUAUGCUUGUUGUGAUUUUUGGGCAUUCUGGAAAACCCCAAGGCCGUGUUGCAAUUGUGAAACGAAACACUGGAGGAGAAACAAAACUACUGUUUGUUUGUGUUUGUUUUGUUUUGUUUGUUUUUCCCCUUAAUGUGGACCAAAUUUCCAUUUCUCACCGCCCUGAUCAUUGGAGCUUAUUAUCGAUAAAUCACUAAUCGACGCUUUAAACAUUGGCGUGUGUGCAGGGGUGGGGACAGAAAAAAGAGGGGGGGGCGUGGUUUAACGGACCUAUUUUUGCAUUUGUACACAGAGAGAGCAUGGGGGUGGUGGUUGGGGGGGGGUGGAGUGUGUGCAUUUCUCCCAGUGUAGCAUGAGCACAGUAUUUUUGUAGGCGGUUUUGUUCGCCUCUAGUGACGUGUUUGUGACGUUAGAUUUUAAGGCGUGGCCGUGGGACAUAAACAAAAACAAACAAACAAAAACGUCAUGUAAUUUCGACGGAUGUACGAUGAAGCCCCUUUCGUCUGAGAGAGGGGGCGGAGUAUCAAAGCGAGAACCCAGAAUUCAUAGCGCCACUUUCCACAAGGAAAACAUCCUGAAAGUCUUUCUUUUUCUUUCUUUCUUUCUUUCUUUCUUUCUUUCUUUCUUUCUUUCUUUUUCUUUCUUUCUUUCUUUCUUUCUUUCUUUCUUCCUUCCUUUUUUUUAUAAAUAAAUUUGUCACUUUUACGUUUAAAUUCUUCAACAUUACAUCACUGGUUAGAGCGAGGAAUCCAAAUAAACCGCACACGUGUAUAUGCAAGAAAAAACAAAACAAAAAACAAACCGGCAUGUGCUGAUAAUCAGUUAUGCAAUAUAUUGUAAUGUAACAUCAGCACACACACACACACACACACACGACACUGUUGUCAUGGCACUCGGCUCGUGCACAAUUUCUACACCUCGCUAUAUACACGACUGUAGAGCGAGGAUGAAACAGUGGGGGCAGAUCCAGUGACACUAACCGUUCAGUAUCAGCACAUGCCUAAAAGCACACACUGAUCUGAGGCUCACCUGAAGAGAGGCCUGCUCUGAUUGGUCAGGGUUGCACGCGGAAUCAGCCAAUCGGCUUCCAGGUGACUGACUGAGUAGCUGAAACGUGGUAGCUCACUUUCUCCUAACCGCUCGCUAUUGCCAAUACGACUGCAAACAUUUUACUCCUAGUUGUGUGUGUGUGUGUGUGUGUGUGUAUCACCUCACAAAAAUCUGAACCUCAGAUCCCCCCCCCCAGGAGUCCUGCUGGACAAAAUCAAACGCACAAACACUUUGCAGCUUGGUGUAGUGUCCAGACUUAUCGAGGAUAACGAGUUAGCGAAGGUCAGACUCAUAGAGUCAUGCAAGACAACAACAACAUGUAACCAAGCAUGCUAAGCUGGAGAGCAGGAAAUGCUCCAUUUUACUCGGCCCAAAAAUUGUGACACUGAAUGUCUUUUGUGUGUCUGUGUGUGUCGUCACUGUGUGCACGAGAUCAUUUAACAAAAAUAAAUAAAGGAUAGUUCUGAUUUUUAGUAAACGUGCUUCGGUUUCAUUUGAGUGAGCUUUAUAAGCGAGGGGAAAGGUUCAAAACGUGUCUCUCCAUCAACAUGUCAUUUCUCUGUCAAAAUGGAAUUGAGUUAUUAUUAUUAUUAUUAUUAACACAAAGAAAAAACUCUUCUGAUGACUUACGAUUGCUACUGUUAUGACUAUUAGGACUGCGGCUCUCAUGUAUUACUGCAUUUCUGCUGUCGACUUUGAGGUUCUCUCUCGUGUGUAAUACCGAUCCCUGCCACAAGGGGGCCACCGUGUGCCGUGCCGCAUUUUUCAUUCCCGAUCCUGGGGAAGAAAGGGGGGGACGGGGAGGGAGG